GUGUAUCCAUCCAACUCAGGUGAUGACUACAGCAGGGAUCCAGCUGGAUAUACUCCCUCGAAACCUCCCAGCACUGUGUAUCCUGGAGCCUUUUAUAUGGCAGAUGGGCUCCAUAACUCACCAGACCUGUGGAGUUCACCGGGUGCCAUAAGCCAGUCGAGUUACGGUGCCAUGCUGGGCAGCUCCUCCUCCCCGCUCCCGCAGUCCAGCGGCUUCAACAGUUUACAUCAGCACGAACGCAUGAACUACCAGCUUCAUUCAGGAGAGGUUAACGGCGGACUCCCUUCUGUGUCUGGCUUUUCCUCUGCCUCCACGCCGUACGGUGUCUCCAGUCACACGCCCCCGAUCAGCGGGACGGACAGCAUGAUGGGUAACAGAGGAACCACAGCUGGGAGCUCAGGAGACGCGCUCGGGAAGGCACUAGCUUCAAUUUAUUCCCCCGAUCACUCUAGCAAUAACUUCUCGUCAAACCCCUCCACACCAGUCGGCUCCCCUCAGGGGCUUGCAGGCACAUCCCAGUGGUCGCGAGCGAGCGGACAGGGUGCCUUAUCUCCCAGCUACGAAGGGAGCCUCCACACUUUACAAAACAAAAUGGAAGACAGGUUGGACGAAGCCAUCCACGUGCUGAGGAAUCACGCUGUGGGCCAGACAGCUGCCAUGCCAAGCAAUCACGGGGACAUGCACGGGCUCCUGGGCUCGGCACCAGCCCACAGCGCUACCGUGGGCAGCCUGGGCCAGGCCUUCCCUGCCUCAGUCAUGUCCCUGGGGAACAGGCACCCGAGUCUGGUGGGAGGAGGUCACCCCGAAGAUGGGUUGUCCAGCAACCCCAGCAUGCUCCACAACCAUGUCACACUUCCGUCACAGCCCAGCUCACUCCCUGACCUCAACAGGCAGCAAGACACGUACAGCGGCUUGUCAGGGGGGCUGGGGCGAAGCAGCGUGUCCUCGGGAACCAGCGAAAUAAAGAGGGAAGAGAAGGAAGAUGAGGAGAACACGUCGGUGGCAGAUAACUCGGAAGAGGAGAAGAAGGAGCUGAAACCCUCCCGGAACAGAACAAGGUGCUCUUUGAACAGGUCUCUCCCUUCACUUAACUCUGUUACCAGGCUGGGGGUGUUUGAGCUGGGGUACGGCCGUGGUGACCUGCCGGGCGCUGGGCUCAGCCCG